AUAGCGCACGAAGUGGAGUGUCCGAGCUUCGCGUAAUUCGCGUGGUGUCAUUGUGUUGUGUCGUGUAAGGGUGCCGAAGUGGCGGGCUUCCUAGCCGCAGGUCGGGGGGCUCUUGCCCCCUUUCACCAACACCAUAUCGGUAAAAGUCAGUGUCCCGUGUAAACCCAGAUUUCAGACUAGUAUACUCACACUGAGAUUUUUCGCGAACUUUGAAUGUGAUUUAUAUCCGACGAUGCCGACUUACGGAGGAAGGGGGGAAGCAGGCGGCGCCAUGGCGUGCGCCGGCUGUGAGAAACCAAUCCUGGAUAAGUUCCUGCUGCACGUGCUAGAACGAGCAUGGCAUGCGUCAUGCGUGCGAUGCGCUGACUGCCGGGCCCCGCUCGCUGAUAAGUGCUACUCCAGGGAUAACAAGCUGUUCUGCAGAAAUGACUUCUUCAGGCGAUACGGCACAAAAUGCAGCGGCUGCGGUCACGGAAUCUCACCAUCAGACCUUGUUAGAAAAGCACGGGAAAAGGUGUUCCACCUGAAUUGUUUCACCUGCCUCGUCUGUCGAAAGCAGCUGUCUACUGGUGAAGAGCUCUAUGUUUUGGAUGACAACAAAUUUAUAUGCAAAGAAGAUUAUCUAGCUGGGAAAGCGCCAACACACUCAGACUCGCUGCUCGGUUCAGGGUCUGAUGAGGAGGAGGAAGAUGAGGCGAGGACGGCGAAUAACUCCAGCAGUCCGGCGCAUGCUCCACACCCAGCGCUGCACUCGGAACUGUCCCACAACGGAGACUCAAAGCCACAUGAGGAUUCGGAGGACCAGGGUUCACUCGAUGGCGAUGCGGAAACUCGCGACUCCCAAGCAGAGAACAAGUCCCCGGAUGACGGGAACGGUGGCUCCAAGAGACGAGGUCCUCGGACGACGAUCAAAGCGAAGCAGUUGGAGAUUUUGAAGUCAGCGUUUUCACAAACUCCAAAACCGACGAGACACAUACGAGAGCAACUCGCGAAGGAAACUGGACUUCCCAUGAGGGUUAUUCAGGUCUGGUUUCAAAAUAAGCGUUCGAAGGAAAGACGUUUGAAGCAACUGACAUCAAUGGGCAGAGGUCCGUUCUUUGGUUCAUCGCGUAAAAUGAGGGGGUUCCCCAUGAACCUAUCACCUGGCGGACUCGAGGAAGGGCCACCGGGGUUCCCAUACUUCGCGACUGCAGAUGGGAAGUUCGAGUUUGGCUAUGGCCCACCCUUCCAUCAUGAUGCACCUUUCUUCCACCCACCACCUUCUAUGCCGUUUAAUCAGCCAGGUCGUUUCGCAGGUGGAAUGGAAGGUAUGGGAGGAGGCGAGUUUCCAGAUCAGUUUCCCCCUCCGGAGCACCUUGUACUGCCGCGGCCCUCUUCCCCCGAGUUCACCUUCGGAGACGGGCCCCCUCCACUCCACCCUGAGGGCCUGGUGUGGUAGCUGAAGCCGGAGCCGCGUGACUUCCACGAUUGAUGCGGCUCGAUUGGCUAUAGUGUGGACUAAGUGACGCCGAGUGUCAGUGCGGCAUAAAAGGACUAACUCACGCCACGUUUUUAUCUGACAGUGUGGCGUGACCUUAAUAUCAGUUCAGAAUUAGGACGAUUUAAAAAAAAUGUACAAGUAUACACACAUUUAUGUAUUUAUAUUACGUUAGCCGUAUUGUGCGAUAUUUGUGAAUAUUAUGUGAAUAGGUGUACAGAAAUUGUAUUAAAUUUGAUGUAGCUUUAUUUUAAGUGGAGUGUAGAUAGGUGUCGUAUUGUAAAAACAAUCAUUAUCGUUUCAAUUACGUAAAAGCAAGAAGGGUACUUUACAUUUUUUUAAAUUUAAUACAUACUAUUUUAGCCCGAAUUCCUUAUACAAUAGUACCUAUGAAAAUAUUUAAGAUCAGUAUGAAUGACUUAUAAGAAUUGAUAUUAGAUCGUUAUUUUGAAAAUUUUGCAUAGGUAGAGUCUCGGACGAGUAAAAAAAUAAGGACUCCGUGUCACCUUACAUAACAGUGAGGCACCAAAACAGGACGGUAAACGUGUAAAUACAUAGCCCCACGUAUACACUUACACUAAUACAAGCCGAUCGGCCGCCAUUAUGAGAUUUGCCAUCGUCUGUGACAGAUCAGUUUGCGUCGCAAUAAAAUAUUUUAAAAAAUGCCGUCGUGGGUUGUGAAAAAGUGUAAAAACAAUAAUAUAAAAGUAUUUGUGGAUAUAUGAUUAUUUAAGGGAGAAAAAAUUGUGCAACUGGCAUACCCCGUAACCGCACACACACUAGCAUAAAGGUGCUUCACUUGCUAAUAUCACGGCGCGGAGUCCUUUUUUUACGAGUCCGUGAGGUAAAGUAUUAACUUUGAUUUGCAUUGUCACUGUCAAAACAGAUUAAUGGUUACUACAAUAACAAAUGAACUUCGUUGUUAUUUUGUGCAAUUUCCAGCGACACCAUACUAUUAUUUUAUGAGUAAGAUUGCUGUUAACAAAAUAUUUUUGGUUCCUAUUUUAAGAUAGAAUAAUAAUAUCGUGUUUUGUAUAUUUAUUAAUUAAUUAGAAAGAAGAACAUAUUGGAUUUAUUUGAGAUCAUUAUAAUACCUACUGCGACAUAAAUACGUUUUUAAAAUGAUAAUAAAAAUAAUAGUUAAUGUACAAAUAUAACAAAAUAUAGUCUAUAUUAACUUUUAUUUUUACAUACAAUAUUUUUUUGUUUAAUUAUUGGAAUAAAAAAAUUCUUAAAUCAAUUAAUUGAAUUAGGUAUAUCACAAAUUGUAACAAAAAAAUAUUAUUUAGAUUAUUAAUAUUUUAUUUAAAAACUUAACAGUAAGAAUUUUGUUCUUUAAAUGUUAGCAAAGGUAAAGUUUUGUAAAAAAUAUAGAGGUUUAUUAAUGUAAUUGUAAAAAUGUAAAUUAAUUAUUUACUUUUAUCUAUUCUAGCUGUAAUUUAAAUUAAAGCAACAGGGUGACUUUUACAUAAUGUUCAUAUCAGUGAAGUGAAAUUUGAAAAAUAAAUUUAAAUAAGUUUAAACACCAUUAAGAGUCUAAAUAUAAUUCUUUGUAUUAAAUAUCAAUGUUGUGAAAAGUGUUAUUCUGGGGCCAUAUUGAGGCUGUUAAAUAACGCGUUAAUAGGCUCUAAGCGCAUUAUGUGUACCAUCACCUUUAGUGUUAAUUAAUGGCCUUUGCCCUUAAACACUAAUUGGGCCAUUUUUAACACAUUAGUUGGAUGUUAAGCCUUCAUGUAGCCGUGGCUUUAGUAAGUUUUUUAAGUUAUUGAGUUAUCUCUGUACCUUCAUUAUGAUAUUGGUCAGCCCUUGUAAGUAAAGGAACAUUAAAUGUACUAAUGUAUAAA